CAACCUGUUGGGCUUGGCAAGCAUUGUAACCUGAUUGUAACCCCGGAAUAGACACUGGGAUAUUGUGCAGUGUUCUUUUCUUAGCCUUUGUUUGUUGUAUUUUCACAUUCGAAAUGGCAGAAGAGAUAUUGUUGAUCGCGGGUGUUGCGAUUGCGGUGCUGAUGAUAUUUCGUAUAUAUGUACGUGGAGAACAAUGCAAAAGUAAGGCUAAACUGCAUGGCAAGACGGUCAUCGUUACAGGUAGUAACACGGGCAUCGGUAGAGCCACAGCGGCGGAUUUAGCGCGGAGAGGCGCGCGAGUCAUUCUGGCCUGCCGUAACCUAACACGCGGCCAAACUGCUGUCGCUAUCGUGCAAAGAGAAAGUGGAAGUAAAAAUGUGGUGUUCAUGGAACUGGAUUUGGCCAGUUUGAAGUCAGUGCGCUCCUUUGCAGAGACCUUUCUCAAGACAGAGAGAAGACUGGAUAUUCUCAUCAACAAUGCAGGAGUUUAUAUGCAGGGCACUACUGACGAUGGUCUUGGUCUUAUGUUUGGUGUCAACCACCUUGGUCACUUCCUUCUGACUAACCUAUUGUUGGACAGAUUGAAAGAGUGUGUGCCAAGCCGCAUUGUCACUGUAUCUUCAUAUUUACAUAAUUAUGGGAACCUUGACUUCGACACACUUCGCACUCACAAGGAGUUUGGAGUAGGUGAUUCUCCUGCGAGUGUCUUCUGGAUAUAUUCAAACAGCAAACUGUGUAAUGUGCUCUUCACACAUGAGCUCGCAAAGAGGCUUCAAGGAACCAACGUGACCUGUUACAGCCUCCACCCAGGUGCUAUAAACUCUGAUCUGACCCGUAAUUUGACUAAAAUGUCCAGAAGGUUAUUGAAACCCGUCGCAGCUCUGUUCUUUAAGGAUGUAGAGGCUGGUGCCCAGACGACUCUAUACUGUGCUGUGCAGGAGGGCAUUGAAUCCCUGAGUGGCAGGUAUUUCUCCAACUGUGAUGUGCAGAAAGUGAAGCCCAAGGCUCAAGAUGAUGCUGUGGCCAAAAAGCUAUGGGAAGUGAGUGAGACAUUAUGCGGUCUGUCCUGAAUCUUGAAUUGGAUAGUAGCACUCAGAAUAUGUUGUUCUUACUGCACAAAUUGCAGGUGUACCAAUGUCGAUUAUAUUUUUUACUAAAAUUGUCUGUCUUUUACUGAUUUAUGAAAAGAAAAUAAGACAUAGUUGUAGUACGACACAUUUCAUUGUUUGUUAUAUUGUCAAAUUCAUUUGAAAUAAAACCCUAAAAUAAUUUUUAAAUUCAGUGACACAAUCAUUAAAAAAAACAUCAUUAAUUUUCAAAUUAAGUAACCUGCUUGUUUCAGUAUAAAGAGAAGAUAAAAUACUCAAAUGCCUAAAAAUGUAUAUUUUUGUGAUCUUUAAAGGGUCUUUAAAUGUCUGUUUAUAAGGAAGAUCACUACUAGAGAUGUGAUAAUACAAUACAAAUUGUGUACGUGUUUUGUUGUUGCUAAAAACAUUUAAGUAAAUUGUUAAUUUUU